AUGGGUGCUAUUCAAGAGCUCCUCCACCACGUCGAAAAGGUUCAGGUGGCCAGCCCACUAUUCCUGGGCGCUGCAGCCACUGUAAUCGCCCUGGGGCUGGUUUACCUCUGGAGCUCUCGGCCGAAGCCCCAUAAUCUCCCAGUUGUCAAGUAUCCCAACGAGCCGUUCAUGCUGUCCCUUCCCGGCAUGGAAAUGGCUGUCCUUCCAGACUCUGAGAUCGAGACCAUACGAGGCCUGCCAGAAACAGACGUGUCAAUCAAGAAGCACCACUACGAUGUUUUCCUCGGCGAAUACUCCUACAUGGGCACAAAAGCCGACGAGUUUGACAGCACUAUGCGAAACGUGCUGACUCGGAACACUCCAGCAGUCUUGGCCUCCUUCACCGCCGAGGUUGAGUACGCCGUGAAUAAAAUGAUCGGCCCUUGCAAGGAGUGGACCGCCAUCAAGCCUAGAUACGCCAUGUCUAGGAUUGCUUCAAUUAUGUCCGGUCGCGCCUUUGUCGGGCUGCCCCUCAGCCGACAGGAAGAGUGGGUUGAAGCGACAGUAGACUACACUGCCGGCGUUUCGCGAGCUUGGCUCAUACUCAGGCUGAUCCCUUGGCCCAUUCGCUUCUUCGUUGCCCCGUUUCUUCCGCAAGUCAAGGCGCUCAAGCAGCAGAGGUCUAUCAACGAACAGAAACUGGCUCCCGUUAUUGCGGAAAAGAGGUCGGGAGCCAAGAAAGACAAGGGCAUCCCGGGCGGAGACAUGCUUGAGUGGUUCAUAUCCCAGUAUUCUCGGACUCCCAAUGCACAGCAACUCGGCCGAGACCAGCUUCUCGCCACCUUUGCGUCCAUCUACAACCUAUCAAACGCCUUGUCAUACAUCAUCUUUGACCUCGCGGCUCUUGAUCCAGAAGACGUUGAGCUCAUGCGAGAGGAGGUACUCCAGCAUGUACCUGCUGACGGCAGAAUUGACAAGAUGAAUCUGCCCAAGUUGAAGAGAUUGGACAGCUUCGCCAAAGAGUCGCAGCGGUUGUCGCCUCCGUCUUUGGUGAACAUUCCCAGAAUUGUCACUAACCCCAACGGACUUCACUGUUCCACCGGACAUGUACUUCCGCAAGGGACCCGCAUGACCAUUCAUGCCCAUGUCAUCAACCAAAACCCGGAGCUGUAUCCGAAUCCUGCGGAGUUCCAGCCUUUCCGCUUCUCGAAGCUACGUGAAACGCCAGGCAACGAGCACAAGUUCCAACACGCAACGACUGGCAUUGACAAUAUCAAUUUUGGGCACGGGAUUUGGGCCUGCCCAGGUCGCUUCUUUGCCAGCGCGGAGAUCAAAGUGGUGCUUGCAUAUAUUCUUCGGCACUACGACGUGAAGCUGAAGCCAGGCGAGCCGAAGCCAAAGCAGCAGCACUUUGGAUUGGCCAUUCUGCCCGAUCCGACCGCUGAGGUUCUCUUUAAGGCGAGGCAGUAG